AUGCUGGGCUUGGUCGACUCGUGGACGAGGGGCGUCCAGGCUCUGAGGGUUGCCGAACUGCAGCGCUCAAAGACCUUCCGCACCUUUAUCGCCUAUAUGAAUGUUCUGGGAAACACGCCUUCGGCACUGGCGCCGAUUCUGACCUUUGGCGUUGCCAUUGCCAUGAGUGGCAACGCGGCCCGGCAGAAGCUUUCCCUUGCUACUUCCUUUACCUCGCUCUCCAUCAUCUCCCUGAUCUCCGCUCCGCUCGCGCAUCUCAUUGCGUCGGUGCCAUCCUUCUUCAGCUGUCUUGGCAGCUUCGAGAGAAUCGAGCUGUUUGUCGACGAGGGCGAGUAUCGUCCUGAAGCCUCUCAAGAGGACGCUGCAGAGCCAGAUGACGGGGCCAUCCAGCUCUCGACCUGGAGAAGCGGGCAGACGCCAGUGGUCGAGGCUGACAACGUGACGUGCAGCGUCAAGGAUGGCCAAGAGCCGCUUCUCCGCAAUCUGUCUUUUACCAUUGCGCCCUCGACCCUGACCGUCGUCACUGGCAAGGUGGGUUCCGGCAAGAGCAUGCUUCUGCUCGCCAUCUUGGGCGAGCUCCAUACCGAUGGCAGGCUGAACCGAACAACAAAAGGGACUGCCUAUUGUUCCCAAGUGCCGUGGCUCGUCAACGCUUCGAUCCAACAGAACAUUGUAGGUCCCGCAGACGAGGACAUUGACCAGGCUUGGUACUCGGCCGUUGUCCGGGCCUGCGCGCUCGAUCAUGAUUUUCAGCAGCUGCAGGACGGCGAUGGGUCCUUGAUUGGCAGCAAAGGACUGACGCUGAGUGGUGGUCAAAGACACCGCGUGGCACUCGCACGAGCAAUUUACGCCAAAAGGUCCAUCUUGGUGGCCGACGAUGUCUUCGCCGGUCUCGAUGCGCAGACAAAGAGCCACGUCUGGACUCAUGUAUUUGGGCCAUCAGGCUUACUGCGCCGCCAUCAGACGACCGUCCUUCUCGCGACUCACACAUUGGAUUUCCUUCAAGAUGCACAGCACAUCAUCAUCCUCGAUAACGGCCGCAUCUCGAGUCAAGGAUCCAUCGACGAGCUUGGCGACUCCCUAUCUCAGCUUAUACAUCAGGAAACCAACCAGAAACCCUCGUCAUCCGUGACAUCGUCGUCCUCGUCAGAGAUCAAACUGGGGACGUCGGUUAAGCCCGCCGCCAAGGCCGAGGCCGAGGACGUCGAGGACUUGAGCCGGCGCACUGGAGACUUGUCUCUCUACCUCUACUACUUUCGUUCAAUAGGAUGGAACGGCAGCAGCACCUUUCACCUCCCGCUGACGCCCAAGGCAGAAAUAUGGCUCAAGUGGUGGACGGAAGCCAACGAUGGCCACGCCGAGGCCAGCGCAUGGGCGUACUACGGCGUCUAUGUGACGCUUCUCUGCGUCUGGGUAGCCUUUGUCGGCAUAAACUGCUGGUUCAUGUUCGUUGUUGUUAUACCAAAGUCUGCCGAGUGGCUUCACUGGAAGCUGCUCGAGACCACGAUGAAGGCACCUAUGGCCUUCUUCAGCUACGUCGACACGGGCGACCUUGUUAACAGAUUCAGCCAAGACAUGUCCCUCGUCGACCGUGAGCUUCCCACAGCAGCUUAUAUGAGUCUCGCAGGCCUUCUCUCUUGCGUGGGCGAGGCCAUAUUGAUCAUCCUGGGCUCUAAGUACCUUGCCGCGACUCUUCCAUUGGCAAUCCUUCUUCUCUAUUUACUUCAAAGGUUUUACCUUUGUACAUCCCGCCAACUCCGCGUCCUCGAUCUGCAGGCCAAGGCUCCUCUUUACACGCAGCUCCUUGAGAUGAUUGAGGGUUUGGCGACUAUAAGAGCGUUUGGGUGGCAGCCACGCUGGCUUACAUUGGUCCUUGACCUAUUGGUUGAUGCGGCAGCGGUGCUCCUGAUGUUCUUUGGGGUCCUUGCCGGCUCGUCCAUACCCGGAAACAUGGCCAUCGCUAUGUACAGCGCCCUGGGAUUCAGCGAGUCACUUGCCAAUCUCUUGUCAUCUUGGACGUCACUCGAGACCUCGCUUGGCGCCAUCUCGCGCCUCAAAGAGUUUACCAAGGCCACGUCACAGGAGGCCGAGCCGUCACUGGGUAUACAUGCGACGGUGGAGCUCCCCGCGUCCUGGCCACGCUUGGGACACCUACAGUGGCAAAACAUCGAGGCAGGCUAUGCAACGCCAAAAGGCAAAGAGGCGGUUCUCCACGGCCUAUCGCUUGACAUCCGGCCCGGCCAAAAGAUUGCCAUCUGUGGACGCACUGGCAGCGGGAAAUCGUCCCUUAUUUCUACCCUGUUCGGCUUGAUAAACUACGAGGGCACCAUCUUGAUCGACGGAGUGGAUAUUUCACGUAUCCCGAACCAAGCUCUUCGACAAGGCUUGAUCGUCAUUCCGCAGAAUCCCGUUCUGUUCCCUGGCUCGUUGCGUUCCAACUUGCUUCCUCGCACUCACUUCCCGUCCGAGCAGAUAAUCACAGACGACAACAUGAUUGCCUUGCUGCAAAGACUGCAGGUCUGGACCGCAAUCCGCCAAAGUGGUUCCCUAGAUACCGAAGUAGAGCAUCUCGCCCUCUCUCAUGGCCAGAUGCAGCUGCUCUGUCUCGCACGCGCGAUUCUGCGUAAGCAUGAGAGCAGCGUGCUUAUCAUGGACGAGGCCAUGAGCGGCGUCGACUACGAGACGGAAAAGGUGAUGCUUGAGGCCCUCAGCACUGAGUUUUCGGGGCAUACCGUCGUCUCUGUCGUCCAUCGGCUGAACACUAUUCACGGUUUCAAUAAGUUGGUCGUGCUUGAUCGAGGGAGCAUUGUGCAAAUCGAAGCGCCCGGCGAGAUGCUCACUUACGGGAGACUCAAAUGCCCGGUGUGA